AUGGCUCCCCUAACAAUCAUAGUCACGGGCAAAUCAACCGUCACCCACGCGCCAGAACGUGGCACUCUCAGGUUCUCAGUAAAAGGAAAUGGUCCCGAGCAAGAAAAAGUCGCCAAGGAAGUGGCAACAUCAUCGACCAACCUACAAAACUGGAUUAAAUCAAAGUUUUAUUCCUGGACCGACGGCGACCGCGAGGCCCCUCUGACAACAUUCUCAUCCACGAGUAUCAGAACCUGGACAAAGUCAACAGAUAGACACGACCAGCCCGUGCCAAAUCCGCACCAUGCCAGUAUGUCCUUCAAAGCUGUCUUCCGCGACUUCACGAAAUUGAACCACGCGAUCGAAGAAUUGCUGGUUUAUCCCAAGGUGGAAAUCGACGGUCUGGAUUGGAGUCUCACGGACGAAACUGGCAGACGACUGGCUUCGGAUGCGCGCAAAUUGGCACUGCGCGAUGCUAUUCAACAAGCUGAUGACUAUUCGGAAGUUCUUGGACGCGAUGUUUCGGUGGUGGAAAUUGCCGACCAAGGAAUGACUCCUUACAGGGCUACUCACAGACACAUGAUGGCUGCUAGUUUUGGUACUCACCCUGGGGAGGACCCUGUGCCGCUGGACCUUACGCCUCAGGAUAUUGAUGUUGAUAGUCAGGUCAAUGUCACUUUUCAAGCUGCGUGA